AUGUGUGAAAGUUAUACUUCACCACAAUCUCCUUAUUGGUCCCUUAGGGCAUUUGUAUCCUUACUUUUACCAGAAUUUCAUCCUUUCUGGAGCUCCAAGGAAGAGCCAUUGAUAUUGGAUAGGGCUUCUCUUGAAGUUUCGGGAAUGUUAAUUUCACAUAACAAGAGUAAUACUGUCGCGUUAGUCAGUGGGCCAUAUCUGACAUUUUUAAGACAUCAUGCUGAAAAGUAUAGUAAGUUCACUUACAGCUCACACUAUGGAUUCAAUGGGGAAAAUAAUUUGAAAGAGUUUUCGAGUGCCUCACUUGAUAAUAUGAUAGGUCUUAGUUAUACUGGAAGGGACUUCUAUUUCAGACACUCAAGUAAAUCUUGGAUUUUUAAAGGUGACCUCUACUCUGAAUGGUCACCCAAUGGGGCCGAUAAGAUUGAAGUGAAACUUUGGAUUAUUCAAAAAGAGGAUUAUCAUAUAAGAAUCCACCACGUAUACCAAUGGACGGAAAAUAUAAAUCUCCCAAGUGAAGCCGAUUUAGAGAGGUUGAAGUCAAAUGCAGUGCGAGAAAAAUGUAACGUUCCUUCUUAG